AUGAAGUUUGCCACUGUCUCUGCGUGUCUCUCGCUUAUCCCCGCCAGCUUUGCUGCAAACUCUGUCUUCAUCGGCAACGACGAGUAUAUCAACUACGGACUGUCCGGCUAUGGUAUUGUCCCCGGCGACGCUAUUGAUAAAUACAAGGACACUAUCUCGUUUGGGUCGUCUAUCUCUCUGCACAAGCCAUCGUUGUCGGUGUCCAAUGGUGUGUACACCUUUGUCACGUACAAUCUGCCAGACAGAGGCUGGAACACCAAUGGCACGCUAAACUAUGCUCCUAGAAUCCACAAGUACGGCGUCACAUUCACUCCGAAGAAUAGCUCCUCCUCUGCCAACCUCGUCUGGAACUACCAGGACACCAUACUGCUGAAAGACUUCAACGGGCAGCUCAUGACGGGACUCGACUGCAACACCACCGUAUACCAGAACGGACACAUGUUGCCGGCUACCCAAUUUGUUGGAGACGGUUUUGGUGGCGGAUUGAACACAAACUCCACUACUACACGGGUCUGCUUAGACCCCGAAGCUCUGCGAAUUGUGAAAAACGACAUUUCCAACGGCUUCUGGAUCACCGAUGAGUACGGUCCCGGUAUUUUUAGAUUCGAUUCCAACGGCAACCUGAUCGACUACACCCUCCCGCCAGAUGCCAUAGUUCCCUUUAGAAACGGCACCAUGUCCUUCAGUGCCAAUUCACCUCCGUUGUACGAGGACUACGACACUGGAGACCCAGACUCCGGCCGUGCCAACAACCAGGGCUUCGAAGGGGCUACACUGUCACCUGACGGGAAGCACCUGUACGCCUUGCUCCAGUCUGCUGCCAUGCAAGAGGGUGGCUCGCACAAGUACACGAACGAGUACGUGCGGAUGGUCAAGUACGACGUUUCUGGCUCAUCACCAGUGCUGGAAGCAGAGUAUGUGCUAAGAUUGCCUACCUACGAGGACCCCGAAAAAGAUGCUGCAAAGAAUCCUAGAGUUGCUGCGCAGUCUGAGCUCGUGUACGUGAGCGACGAAAUAUUUAUGGUUCUGGCUAGAGACAGUGGACGCGGAAGAGCACAGGACAACACCACGUCACUCUACAGACAUGCUGACCUGUAUUCCAUUGCCAAUGCAACCAACAUUGCCGGCAAGUACGACAAAAAGGGCGAUAAGAUCGCUUCAAAUAAAGGGAAGCUGGAAGACGGAAUUACAACCGCUACUUACUACUCGUUCCUUGAUUACAACAACCAGACCGAGCUGAGCAAGUUCGGACUGCACAACGGCGGCAAAGACGACUCCAUGCUGCUAAAUGAGAAGUGGGAAGGAAUCACUCUCAUCCCGGUCGAGUGCACUACCGACGAAUAUUUCCUGCUGACCGUUUCCGACGACGAUUUUAUCACGCAGAACGGUUUCAUGAAUUUUGGAAGAUUUCUGUACUCUGAUGCGUCCGGGGCCAAUCUUGAUAACCAGGCCCUCAUGUUCCACGUCAAGUUGCCAGCUCUCACCCACGAAAACACUUGCACUUCCCUGAGCUCGCUGAAUUCCACAGAUGCAGCUACCUCCUGUACGCCGCAGUCCUUGUUCCAAACCCGCACAACGACAGCAUACAGGUCUACAUCUGUGGCAGUUUCUGUAGCAAGCGACGAAGGAAGCGGCCUGAGAACAAGUGUGUUCGGCCUGCUACCGCUCGUGCUUGCCCUUCUGUAG